CCAAUCUCCUCGGACCAUUCUACUACGAAUGCCUCCCUCCUCUUGCCUUCUUUUAAGAAAGCUCGCAGUGGAUGUAAUUAGGGUUUGCAUCUGGUAUGAAGGUCCCCAUUGGCUUUCUCGCCAAGCUAUGGAGCUUGUUAUCAUUCCUUCCUUUCUUCUUCCUUCUUCUGCUGCUUGGUGUGAUUAAAGCUGCAAUAAUUGGUCCUGUUGUGGCUAUUCUGGUUUUUGUUGGAAACUCAGCUGUCAUUAUUGGUUUGUGGCCUGUACAUUUCUUCUGGACUUUAUACUGCGUGACAAAGACCAAGAUACUCGGGCCGGUUUUGAAGUUAUCGAUUCUGCUAUGCUUGCCUGUGCCUCUGUUACUAUGGCCAGUGAUUGGGAUUUUCGGAUGUAUAUUAAUUGGUGUUGGUUAUGGGUAUUUUGUUCCAUUAAUUGCCACAUUUGAAGCUGUUGGAGAGGAUACUAUUGACAGACUGUAUCAUUGCUUUAUGGAUGGAUGCAAGAGCACCAUCAAUGGAGCUUGUACGUUGGUGCGAGAUUUCAAAGAUAUUUGUUUCCAUUCUUAUUUUUCAUUUAUGGAUGGACUCUGUGAGAAAGUAGUUGAUGAUGAGAUACCACUUGAUAUUGAGUUAACAAGGCUGCCAUCUUGUCUUCUGGUUUCGGUGCUUGGAGUGCCAAUUGAUGUACUUGCAAUUAGCAUCGUGGCAUUAGCGAAGAGUCCAUAUAUGCUAUUAAGAGGAUGGCAUAGAUUAUUAUAUGAUUUGAUAGGGAGGGAGGGGCCUUUUCUGGAGACUGUUUGUGUUCCCUUUGCUGGCCUUGCAAUUCUUUUAUGGCCUCUAGCUGUUAUUGGAGCGGUGGUUGCUGCUUUCAUUUGCAGCUUCUUUCUGGGGCUCUAUGGCAUAGUUAUCGUUUAUGAGGAAAAUUCUCUGAAGAUGGGAUUUGCUUAUGUUGUUUCUGUGGUUUCUUUAUUUGAUGAGUACACAAAUGACCUACUUUAUCUGAGGGAGGGAUCCUGUCUCCCAAGGCCCAAAUACCGAAGACAUUAUGCUACAAUUGCUGAGAAAAUUACUAAAGAAAAACAGAGUGAGAAUGGGAUUUGUAGCCCUAAAACUACGAAGUUAGAAUUGAAUCAGUCUCGGACAUUGAGGAAGGUUAUCCAACAACUACAACCAAUGCAGAUCUGGGACUGGCUCUUUAGAUCUUGUGAGCUAAAUGGAAGGAUUUUACUGACUGAUGGUCUCAUCAGCAUUGAAGACAUAGAGGAAUAUAUUGUUAAAGGAAAUUCUAAGAAACUAAGCAUAAGAUUGCCAGCAUGGUGUAUUUUACAGUGCUUGCUUAGGUCUGUGACGAUUGAUGCAAAUGGUUUGCUUUUAUCUGAUGGGGUAGAUCUGACAAAUUUUAGCUGGCCGAAGGACAAGAUACUGGAAUGGCUGUUUGGGCCUCUUUCUAUUAUGAAAGAACAAAUCAAGGGAUUGCACUUGGAGGAAAAUGAGGAGUCAUGCUUGAGAAAUUUGAUCAUGACCAAUAAGAAUGAUAGACCUCAAGACUGGGAAAACAAAUUUCCUUCGAAUGACAUGGUGCGGACAGCUCAAAUUCAAGCAUUACUUAGAAGGCUUCAAGGCAUGGUUGCUUCAUUGUCUCGAAUGCCAACUUUUCGCCGGAGAUUCCAGCAUUUGGUGAAGAAUUUAUAUGUUUAUGCUAUAGAAACUGGCAAAUUGAGCUGGAAUGAUGUCGAGUUUAAAACUAGAAGCAAAAUAGGUAGGGAUCUUGAUGAAAGAAGAAAAAACAAUAGAAACCUAGAAAGAGCAACCAAAUCACUUCCAACCCUUAAUAAUACUGAGUUUGUCUAACAUGUUCUGUUAUCUGGCCUCUCUCUCUCUCUGUAAUGCAGGGACUUAUUUGUUCUUUCUUGUUUUUAUUUAAGGAUGUCAGGGAAAAAUCAGUAGGUAGGCCUUUUAGUAAGGAGAGAGAUGAGAUGGAAGAAAACUUGAUAGACAACAAAUAAUUGGAUGUUUCUUUUACUCUUACUUAUUAGUUCUAUUGUUGAUGUUUGUU